GCGCACUUCCUGCUUGGCGCCAAGUGGGUGCGCAUGCGCAGUGACACGCAGCAGUCCCUGGACCAUGGCGGCGGUGGAGGCAGCCAAAAUGGCGUCCCCCAAGAGCGCCCCAAAGGAUGCCCAGGUGAUGGCACAGAUCCUGAAGGACAUGGGCAUCACUGAGUAUGAGCCGCGGGUGAUCAACCAGAUGCUGGAGUUUGCAUACAGGUAUGUGACGACCAUCUUAGAAGAUGCCAAAAUCUAUUCCAGUCAUGCCAAGAAGUCCAGUGUGGAUGCUGAUGAUGUGAGAUUGGCCAUUCAGUGCCGUACGGAUCAGUCCUUCACCUCUCCUCCUCCCAGAGAUUUUUUGCUAGAUAUUGCAAGACAGAAAAACCAAACACCUUUGCCUCUGAUUAAACCAUACUCUGGACCAAGGUUGCCACCAGACCGAUACUGCCUUACAGCACCAAAUUAUAGGCUGAAGUCCUUACAGAAAAAGGUAUCUUCCUCUGCUGGAAGGAUAACUGUGCCACGGCUCAGUGUCGGGGCUGUCACUAGCCGUCCCAGCACACCCACUUUAGGAACCCCUUCGGCACAGGCAGUGUCGGUAUCGGCAAAAGUCGGGACUCCUGUUUCUCUGACAGGUCAAAGAUUCACAGUACAGAUCCCCACAUCUCAAACGUCGGUAAAGUCAGCAACUCCCACCACUCCGACAGUUCAGAACGUGCUGAUCAACCCAUCCUUGAUUGGAUCCAAAAACAUCCUCAUCACCACCAACAUGGUGCAGUCGCAGGGUGCAUCUGGCGAGUCAAAUGCGUUGAAAAGGAAGCACGAGGAUGACGAUGAUUAUGACAACUUGUGAGAGGCAGAGGGACAUUAUGUCUUGUUGUUAUACAUUAAUGUGCCCAGAGUUUUAUUUAAUUUUUUACACUUUGGACUGAACUGUGUGUAUAAGAAGGAUUGAGCCUUGGGGGCCACUCCGUUAAGGCCCUGUUAAUACUGGGACAUCUCACCCAUCACCUCUCCUUCAGACUGGGAGCAAAACAGACUCGGCUCUUGAAGAUCUCUACCAUUUGCUCCUGGUAUAGAAGUGGAUCAUUAAAGGAACCUUCAAAGGAAAAGAGGGGGGACGGGGAAAGGCUGAAAUGGCCAUGUAAGGCCUAAAGAAUUUGAGAACUGAAAUCCUGCAAUGCAUUGUGUUGGAUAGUCAUUUGAAAGUGUUGAAUGAGGUGAAGUCUUUGGAUUAGUCUGUAGAGGAGGAAAUCCAAGGUUAUAAAUAGCCUUUUUUGCUUAUAUAUGUCAUAAGAAGCAUUCUUUCUUCAGUUUUUGAUGUUUGUUCCCCACAUUAAAAAAUAUCCUUUAUCCAAAUGUUUGAAGUAGUCUAGGCCAGGUCUACUGUGAGUGCAGUUGCCUUAUCUUCUCUGAUUUUUUUACAUUAUGUGAGCAAGAGAAUUAAAUGCAGUCUGUAACUUGGAGAUGUGGCAUGGUGCUCCAUUAAGACAUGUGCUGGCAGAUCUAGAGGGAAAUGGCUCUUUUGGACUUGAAUUCCCAGAAUCCCUCAGCCUGCAUUUUCAUUGUUCACAUCCACAGUUCACUUCCGUCAGCUGUGAGUUGUGCUUUCAGUUGUGCUGUGGCAAAUGAUUCACCCUGCAGUUAUAAUGCGACUUAACAGGCAUGUGUGUGACUAGUAAGAUACCAGCCAAGGAGUUCAUUGACCUUUGGAGAACCUCUUUUCCCAUAUUGCAUAUAAUAGAAUCUGCUCCAAAGAAAGUAUGCUUGCUACUCAGAACAUUAGUUUAAUGGUAUCUCUGAAAUGAAGCAUUGAUUUAAAAAAUCAUCACAGGUUUGACAUCUGUUUAGGUUAGAACUGAUACUUGUAAGUUUUUCAUUACAUGACAACUACCAUUGCAGUGCAUAUGAAAAUAACAUGUUCAGAGUGUACAUCGUAGCCACAUGGGAGUUGCAGAACUAAGAAUAGAGGAAGAGGAACAAAUGUUUUCGUUAAUGAACCAGAUAGGUCUCUCAAUAAAUAGGAAAGUUAAAUGAAUCAUAGGAUGAUGGGACCAUUGAGUCAUAUGAUGACCAGAUUCAGUACUAUAGUUAAUAUUGUAGUGGAUGUCCUACAUUGUAAUUCUAAUAUGUACAAAUGAAAGCAAAAGUUACAGGGAUGUAUUGGUUCAAACCAAGGGAUUUCAGAUCAGAAUAUAUUUGAAACCUCAAAAGUGAGUUGUCAGAAUAAACUCAAAUGCAAAAACA